AGUCGCGCUAUCGGUCUCGGCAGAUAAGGGAACGGUGACAGGCUGACGAUGACACACGGUGCCCGGUGCUUUCGGAAGUGUACGUGUCGCUCUGGCUAUUUUUUUUCUCGUUCCCCAUCGCACGUGUAAUUCUUGCUUCUAUUUCCGUCUCGAGUGGAAGACAGUUAAAUAAAGUCAUGGACACCCUGUAUCCGAAUCUCUACGAGCGCUUCAAGACCGAGGGCCUCUGUCCCAUCUGCCUCAUGGAGAUGGAAUUGACGCCCAGAUACUCGUGCAUCAACGGCCACACCGUGUGCCACCGUUGCAAACCUUAUUACUACGCCUGUCCCACGUGCGCGGCGCCGUUGGACGUGGAGAUCCUGCCGCCGCAGAUGGACGCACCGCAGCCGGCAUACUUGAUGCCGCAUCCCCUGCCGUCGCGCCGCCACGACGAUCACAAUCCCAGCGCGCCGCCGAUGGACUUCCUGAACCACGAGAGGAGGGCCUGGGGAUCGCCCAUGCCGUCUGAAAAUCAGUAUCUCAAAUCCUGCACGUAUACUCAUCUAGGAUGUUGGGUGAAGAUACCGGAGCACCUGCGCGUGCUUCACGAGUCGAGAUGCCAGUUUCGGCCGCACUUGGAGGAGGAACACGUGCCGACCGAUCUUCGCCACGGCUACGACGAUCUGGUAGAUUGCUCGUACGCUGCGGCGGGAUGCAGGGUACGCACGGUGCCGUGGAGGCGUAGCAUUCACGAGCAGUAUUGCAUCUACAAGGACAGGUUCCAGAGUGUGGACGACAUCAGCGACAGUCUCGCGUCCACGUCGAUCGCAGGCGGCGAUUACGGCGGCGAUCCCGAGGAGUUGGUGCAGUGCAAGUUCCAGCGAUACGGCUGCAUGGUGAACAUGCCGAGGAGGCGGAAGUACAUACACGAGCAGAAGUGCAACUACAGGAGCCACCAUCAAGGAGACGUGGACGAUUAUUAUCCCUUGCCUCAGCCCGAAUUGGAUUCUGACGAACAGGUGGAAUGCCGAUGGUCCGAGUUUGGCUGCCAGGUCAGGCCGAAGCGCUGCCGCAAGCACAUUCACGAGGAUAAGUGUAACUACAGGAUGGAAGAAUGUACGUGGAAGGAUUAUGGAUGCAGCGCCAUAUUUCAGCCAGCGUUAAGAUACUCCCACGAGAACCGCUGCGAUUUCGCCCAUCAUUAAUUAUACAGGAUUAAUGGUGUUCGAGCAAAUCAGUAUGAUUCUCGCGUACAAUAUACGCGAGUUUAUCAGAGCGAUUACAAAAUAUCCUUUUCUGAAUAAUGAUUCGUCUUUUUUGGGCCAACGUGCUCGAUCAUUCUCAAUUUCCAUACUACCACAUAACACAAAGACACAUGCCAAUUGAUUGUUUCCCCUCGUAACUGUUGAAUUAAAUGGAAUACCAGCAGGAAACGUGCAUUCCUCCCUUCAAUCGAGUAACUGGAGUGUCGAUAUCAGUACAUCGAACAGAGGCCGACAAUUCUAUUUAAUCGAUAACAAGCUGCGAGCCGAGAUCGUCAAGAUAACAACAAUUAGCAAACAACAAAGCGGGGACCUGAUCGUCGGCGGCGCCGAGACGCGGGGGCGAUUUUGUAGAACGCAUUAACGGCGAUUUCCAGGAAACCCGUGGGGAUAAUACAGAAGAGGAUUAUUUACUCUCUCUCGCGCGCGCACACCACUCUCCGCGUCCCGUUCCCGCGCGGCGAGAUGGCGAGACUUCCGCCUGUCGUUCCGGGGAUCAUCUUGAGCAUGAUCGCCCGGAAUGAGGGAGUGAUGGCGUGGCUGGGAUAUCCAACACCUGCAGGCUAAUGGUGGGCUCCCUGCGCGCCCACCGUCGGGCGACCGCACCAUCGUCGCUCGACGAAACGACCUACCAUGUUCAUAACGUCCCAUUUAUAACGUCGACGUGGGCAAAGGAUGGGCGCGCAACUCUGUCUCGAUGCACAAUUACAGAUAUAGUAUCCUGACGUCUCGAAGUCAAUAAAACACAUCAGAAUAAAGUACAUCAAGGAUAAGUUGCGUAAUAAAUCAGUUUCAUUCAUUUUACUUGUGAUCGUCGAUUAAUCGUUAAGGAAAAGAACUACGUAACUUUCAAUAUAUGAUUUACGAUGUCUAAAUGGUUUUAAUAAACGAGCGUUUUUAUGGU